CAGCGGCGCCAACCGGCCCAGCAGCGCUGCCCGCUCGCCCGCAGCUCGGCCUGGAGGCGUCGCCGACCACGGUCGGUGGCGCCCGCCGAGUGCGCGGCGGCGAUCCACACGGGACCACCGCCUGGGGCAUCGAAGUUCGGGGGCUCGGCGACGCUGACACGCCCGCAAGGGGACCCGCGUCAGUCUGCGGGGGCCCCUGCAUGCAUUUUCCAGCGCCCCACGCUGCGCCCAUCGCCCGCGACCUGCCGCCAAACCCCUUUUCCCCAGGCCAGGCUGGCUGCGCCGACCUCCCCUGGCCUGGCUGGACCAGCGGUCUGGUACCUUCGUGCGAUGCGAAUCUUCGGGCCGAAUUCUCAAAUCGUACCAACUUGCCUGACUGUCUGUAGGGGCUGGGCGGGCUUCCGGAAAGCCCCCCUGCCUUCUCAGAAGCCCCGACGCCUUCUUAGAAACGGGGCACCCUGGAGGCCUUCCAAAUAGGGCCUGGACACCUGGAGAGGGACAGGGGGCCGACGUCUCGAAGGGGCGUCUCGGGCACCGAAGUCCGGGGGUCCGGGUCGGAGUCUCCGAGGGUCGAGGCCCUCGAGGAUCGAGGCACCCGAGACACGUGGGGACCCGAGGCAGAAGCACCGAACUCUCGGAGGCGCGCGCGAUGCCUCGGGCCGGCAGCGGGAGAAAGAGAUCCGCCGGGCAGGCUGCCCCAGGACGCUGCUGGGGAAACCACAGGGUGCACCUUUCCCUCCCUCGAGCUGCUGCACUGCCAGCGGCCUCGGGCGCCGCCAGCAGCACGGCCAGGCUCGCGCCGGCCGGGGGCGCCCGCUUGUGGGCUGCGCCCACGACCUUGCGGGCCGCCUCGGCCACGCGCGGCGCGGGCAUGAGCGCCGGCUCGGCCGGCUGAGCCCCCGGGGAGGGGCCAGGAGGGGGGCCGCGGUGGCCAGUGCCGCUGCACCGCAAGGACUCGGGCACACGCU